GAUUGAAUGCAUCUGCACGUCUAACGAAGGAAGAAGAUGGCCGGCCCUCUCUUUCAUCUUUUAAUGUGUCUUUGUUUUUCAUCCAUUUCACCGGAACCGAUUGCGAGAGUUGGAUUAUCAUUUCUCACCCUCAUCUAUCAUCUUUCUUCGGAUCUUAAGCUUCCUCUCGAACAGCAUCAUCCGCUCGACAUAAUAGAUUGGAACAGAGGUGACACUGCAGAGAUUCAUCCACAAUCAAUUCUCGGCUUGUAAGGCAGCCUUUGUCAGAGGGAGGGUCAGGUGUACAGCAAAACAGAUUCAAGUCAUCGUUUGCAACAUUAACAACACUGUAAAUCAUCCUGCUCAACAAC